AGGCGGCGGCGCGGGGGAGGCGGCUGAGACGAGCCGCGGCCGGCGGGCCCGCGGUCACUCGGAGGCCGGCGGCGGGCGCAGGGCGCACCAUGCCCACCUUCGACGAGGCGCUGCAGCGCGCCGGCGAGUUCGGGCGCUUCCAGCGGCGCGUGUUCCUGCUGCUGUGCCUGACGGGCGUCACCUUCGCCUUCCUCUUCGUCAGCGUGGUCUUCCUGGGCACCUGGCCCGAGCACUACUGGUGCCGCGGGCCGAGCGCGGCGGCGCUGGCCGAGCGCUGCGGCUGGAGCCCGGAGGAGGAGUGGAACCGCACCGCGCCCGCGCCCCGCGGCCCCGCGCCCCCCGCGCGCCCCGGCGACGGCCGCUGCCAGCGCUACCUCCUGGAGGCGGCCAACGGCAGCGCCGCGGCGGGCGGGCUCAGCUGCGCCGACCCGCUGGCCGCCUUCCCCAACCGCUCGGCGCCCCUCGUGCCGUGCCGCGGCGGCUGGCGCUACGCCCAGGCCCACUCCACCAUCGUCACCGAGUUUGACCUUGUGUGUGUCAAUGCAUGGAUGCUGGACUUCACCCAAGCUAUCCUGAACCUAGGCUUCCUGACUGGGGCAUUCACACUGGGGUACGCAGCAGACAGGUAUGGCAGAAUAAUCGUUUACUUAAUAUCCUGUUUUGGUGUGGGUGUUACCGGUGUUGUGGUGGCGUUUGCACCAAAUUUCCCUGUGUUUGUGAUCUUCCGAUUCCUACAAGGUGUGUUUGGAAAGGGGACGUGGAUAACUUGCUACGUGAUUGUGACAGAAAUAGUAGGUUCAAAACAAAGGAGGAUUGUGGGAAUAGUGAUUCAAGUGUUCUUCACUCUUGGAAUCAUAAUUCUCCCUGGAAUUGCAUACUUCAUCCCCAAUUGGCAAGGGAUCCAACUAGCCAUAACGCUGCCCAACUUUCUCUUUCUCCUUUAUUACUGGUUGGUUCCUGAAUCUCCCCGCUGGCUGAUUACUCGGAAGGAAGGAGACAAAGCAUUAAAAAUUCUGAGGCGCAUUGCUAAAUGCAAUGGGAAAUAUCUCUCUUCGAGUUACACAGAGAUCACUGUUACAGAUGAGGAAGUUAGUAACCCAUCCAUUUUAGAUCUGGUGAGAACUCCCCAGAUGAGGAAAUGCACACUUAUACUUAUGUUUGCUUGGUUCACAAGUGCAGUGGUGUACCAAGGCCUUGUCAUGCGCCUGGGAAUCACAGGAGGCAACCUCUACAUAGACUUUUUGAUCUCAGGAGUCAUGGAGCUGCCAGCAGCUCUGCUGAUCUUACUGACCAUCGAGCCCAUUGGACGACGCCUCCCCUUUGCAGCAAGCAACAUUGUGGCAGGGGUGGCGUGCCUUGUCACUGCAUUCUUGCCAGAAGGAAUACCAUGGUUAAGGAAAACAGUUGCUACACUGGGAAGAUUAGGGAUAACCAUGGCCUUUGAAAUUGUUUAUUUAGUAAACUCAGAAUUGUACCCAACAACAUUAAGAAACUUUGGUGUUUCACUCUGCUCAGGUGUAUGUGACUUUGGGGGAAUCAUAGCCCCAUUUCUACUCUUUCGACUAGCAGCUGUGUGGCUAGAACUACCUCUGAUCAUCUUCGGUAUCCUGGCUUCGGUUUGUGGUGGCCUUGUGAUGCUUUUGCCUGAAACCAAGGGUAUUGCCUUACCAGAGACAGUGGAUGAUGUUGAAAAACUUGGCAGGAAAAAGAAAACCCCAGUUUCGAACUCUCACCUGUGAGAUCCUGCAAAGCCAGAGAAAGGAGCUGUUGGAGUGGAGCCUCCUGGAGAAACUGAGCCUCCGGAGAUGUACCUGUGCACUUCAGCUUCAUUACGUGGUACCAAUUCAAGUGUCUUUAAUACCAUAUAAAGACCUGCAGACUAUUUUUAUACAAUAUGGGGUGAGUUCAGAUUUAUCAUGCUAUUGAAGGUUCUGGAAGCUCAUGAUACUUGGCUGAGCCUACCCAGGGCACAGCCCAUUCUGCCGUUUUUUGUUUUGUAUGGUUUUCUGGUAUUGGGAUCAGCAGUCUCUGAUUUAUUUGGUUAAAGAGCAACAAGAGAAUCCCUAUGUGAUCCUUAUCAGGAAGGCAGGUUGUACAACCAACGAUCCAGGAAAGGUGUAUGGAGACGCAUGCUUUACACCUGAUUAAAGGACACAUCACUGAAUGGAGGGCCAAGAAGACUUCAUGACGAAGUCUUCAUGAUGACUUGCCCAGCCCACACCAAACUUUGUGUGGAUAGGCAAAAUGAGUAACAAAAGGAAAUCUUGCCAAUGAGAGAUAAAUUUCUAUGAAGAGAUCAUACAAUGUGUGACAGUAUUAAGAUGCAUGUUCUGAUGGGAAAAUGAACUUUGUGCAUGUGUAUGUGUGUGUGUGGUACUGGGGAUAGAACCCAGGACCUCAUGCAUGCUAGGUAGAUGCUGUAUCAUGGUACUACACCCCCAGUAAAAUAAACGUCUUAAUCUUUAAAGCACAUCAGAAUUUCAUAUAAGUAUUCUAUUCAUCAAUGGAGAAAACACAGCUUUUUGAGGAUUUAAUGCUCCAUUCAGCCUGUAUUCACAGACACUGAUGCUUUUGCUUUUUUUGUGUCUCUUUGCCUUUGCUUUUUGAUACUAUCACCUUUGAGUUGUAUUUGGAAUUGAUAUUUUUGUUUGAUAAGAAUAAAAAAAUUUGAAUUGUUUUAAAAAA